AUGUACUACACCUUUGAUAGGGAAAAUCAUUUGUACAGGAGCGGACUAGAGUUUGAAGAGCGGAGAUUAGGGAUCGGUGAGUUCGGGUUAGGGUUUGAUGUUAGUAGUAACGAUUACAAAGUUGUAAGAAUUCAUCAUCUUACAUAUGAUGAGGUGGAAGUUUGGGUUUAUAGUUUAAAAUCCAAUUCAUGGACAAGAUUUGACGAUGUUACAUUCGAUGUCGAAGCACGUAAAAGCUGCUUGAUAUUCGUGCAAUGUGUUGAUCGACUAACUAACUUUCCGAUCAUAGUAGCUCGAUUUGAUUUUGCGAGUAACAAGUUUCAACUGCUUCCGUUUAGAUAUAGUCGUGAACAUUUGUAUGUUCUCGAAGGGCAAGUUUGUUUAGGGUUAGGUAACAAGAAUGAGUAUGAUCAGUAUGAGUAUAAGCAUGAAAGGGAUGAGCACGAGGUUCGUUUACUCGGUGUUGCCGACGAAUAUGAUGAUCCAGUGCAAAUUAGGAGAGAAUUAGAUACUAUAAAAUCCAUGUUUAGCGAGCAUGAUAUUGUUUGGUAUGACUUGAAGAAGAAGACAUUUGAAAAUUAUGAAAUUGGAGGCGUUUCUCAUUAUUGGAAAAAUUCAGUCAGUUGUUGGGAAACUCUCUUACAACUUAAUUCUUCUAGCAAGAUGGAAUUAAUUAAAACUUUAUAG